AUGUCACCUCCACCAAAGACAUUUGAUCCUGAGAUGAUACUGACUUGGAGCCCUGCUUCAAACGUGCCCGUCUUAACUCACACUUCCUUUAUAUUUCUGCACGAGAUUGCAAACAUCCAUAAUAUCAGGUUUAACUACACAGUUGUCGAUUUCUGGAUAGGCGACUACAGCCCAGAUCAUGAUUAUAGUAAUUCUAACAGUAUUUAUUUUCACCAACAUGAUAUAACCCCUGCUGCGAGGUUUCUUCCUUCUCAUUUUGACCAAUAUGACGUAGCGUUCCCUGUAAGCCGCCUCCAUAGUGUGGUCAGUUGGCUUCUGAAUGCUCCACCUCCAAGUAUUAACUCACUGUGGGAACUCCUGGAUAGUCCACUUCAACCAGUUUUUCAAGACACGGGUUUUACUUAUUCUUGGCUACAAUUACCAGAUUAUUAUUUCAAUACAAAGUAUGCGAAAGCUGAAUAUCAACUCAAAAAGAAAGCACUCGAUAUAAAGAAGAAAGGAAAGCCGAUAUUAAAAUUGGCGAGAGAUGGAAUAAGCUUAGUCAAAGAGGGAGGUUAUGUUUAUCACGGUGAAAUCGAUAGUGCGAAUAAAAUAAUCGCGGAGACAUUCAACCAACGCGAGUUAUGUGACUUGGGUUCCUUACAAUCAAUGGAUAAGACCUUGGCAUAUAUAAGUGUGCAGAAAAAGAGUGCCUAUAAAGAAUUCUUUAAAUGGAGUUCUUUACGUUUAACAGAAGCAGGAAUUCUAAACCGUAUACACAGAAGAACCUUGGGCCGCCCAAAUAAAUGUGAAUUAAGUUCUCCGCAAGCACUAGCUCUGGGUGGCGCCGCGCCUGCUUUCAUAGUGUUGGCUGUAGGAUACAUGAUAGCUAUUGUCAUUAUGUUGGUUGAACGGUAUAAUUACACAGUAGUGGAUGUAUGGAUUGGCGAUUACAAACGGGAACAUGCGUAUACCGCUUCAAAUGGUAUUUAUUUCCAAGAACAUGACGUCACUCCGGUUCUAAGAAUGCUAUUAUCUCAUUUUGAUAAAUAUGACGUAGCAUUCCCUGUUACUCGUGUAGAUAGUGUGGUCAGUUGGCUUCUGAAUGCGCCACCUCCAAGUAUUAACUCACUGUGGGAACUCCUGGAUAGUCCACUUCAACCAGUUCUUCAGGACACGGGUUUUACUUAUUCUUGGCUACAAGUAUCAGAUUAUUAUUUCAAUCCAAAACACGCGGAGGCCGAAGAUGAACUGAAAAAGAAAAUGAAAAAAUUAGAAAAAAAAGGAAAAUCGAUAUUGAAAUUUCCAAAAGAUGGGAUAAAUUUAAUGAAGGAGGGAGGCUAUGUUUAUCACGGUGAAUUGGAUAGUGCGAAUAAAAUAAUCGGGGAGACAUUCAACCAACGCGAGCUAUGUGACUUGGGUUCUUUACAAUCAAUGGAAAAGACUUUGGGGUACAUAAGCGUGCAGAAAAACAGUCCCUAUAAGGAAUUCUUUAGAUGGAGUUCUUUACGGUUAAUGGAAACAGGAAUAUUAAAUCGUGUUCAUAAGAGAACUUGGAGUCGCGACAACAAAUGUGAAGGCAGUACUCCGCGAGCGCUGGCUUUGGGAGGCGCAGCUCCAGCCUUUAUACUGUUGGCUGCAGGAUACAUAUUGGCUGUAAUAUUAGUUAUUUUUGAAAGAAUCAUUGCGAAUCGCUGA